AUGGCGCCUUCGUUCGCCCCCAAUUCAGAAACACCCUCUCAGGCAGAUACUCCUAUGACAGAUGCAAAUGAUGAACCCGUCACGUCGGUACCCGUAGAUGACGCGCAAAUGGGGGGCUACCAGGACACUCCAGACUACACGGAUUCGGACACAAACCCAAACACCACAGCAAGCAGUGUUGCAGGCGACACAGUUCCCGUCGACGGCCGAAGAAAGAGAUCUGAGGCAUUUCAUUUGAGGAAGAGUAUCCUGGGUAAAAAGCAUGGUCGUCUGGACGAGUCAAAGGAAGAUGAUUCGAUUCGGAGAUUCCGUUACCUCCUCGGACUUACCGACUUGUUUCGCCACUUUAUCGAAACCAACCCCAACCCACGGAUCAAAGAUAUAAUGGCUGAGAUAGACCGACAAAAUGAUGAAGAAGAGGCAAAGGCCAAGAAAAAAGGCUCGACGGAACAAGAGGAAGACGCAGAGUUAUUGAAGGAUGAGAAGAGCGGCGGCGAAACCCGCACCGUCUUUCGUGAAUCCCCGCCAUUCGUUAAGGGAGAAAUGCGUGAUUAUCAAAUUGCUGGAUUGAACUGGCUUGUUUCUCUACAUGAGAAUGGUAUCUCCGGUAUCCUUGCCGAUGAAAUGGGCUUGGGUAAAACCCUUCAAACCAUUUCUUUCCUCGGGUACCUCAGACAUGUCUGCGACAUUACGGGACCUCACCUGGUUGCUGUGCCGAAAUCAACGCUCGAUAAUUGGAAGCGCGAAUUCCACAAAUGGACACCUGACGUUAAUGUUCUUGUUCUUCAGGGAGACAAGGAGGAGCGCCAUAAGUUAAUAAACGAAAGACUUCUUGAUGAGAACUUCGAUGUGUGCAUCACCAGUUACGAAAUGGUUCUUCGGGAGAAGUCUCAUCUUAAGAAGUUCGCUUGGGAGUACAUCAUCAUCGAUGAGGCCCAUAGAAUCAAAAACGAAGAAUCGUCACUUGCACAGAUCAUUCGUGUGUUCCAUUCUCGGAAUCGACUGCUAAUUACUGGUACUCCACUCCAGAACAACCUCCAUGAGCUUUGGGCCCUUUUGAACUUCCUGUUGCCGGAUGUUUUUGGUGAUUCGGAGGCAUUCGAUCAAUGGUUCUCAAACCAAGAGUCUGACCAGGACACCGUUGUCCAGCAACUUCACCGAGUACUGCGACCAUUCCUUCUCCGUCGUGUUAAGAGCGAUGUAGAGAAGAGCUUGCUUCCCAAGAAGGAGGUCAAUCUUUAUGUACCCAUGUCAGAAAUGCAGGUGAAGUGGUACCAGAAGAUUCUUGAGAAGGAUAUCGACGCUGUCAACGGUGCCGCUGGAAAGCGCGAAUCUAAGACCCGUCUAUUAAACAUUGUCAUGCAACUUCGCAAAUGUUGUAAUCACCCCUACCUUUUUGAAGGAGCUGAGCCGGGCCCUCCUUAUACAACGGAUGAGCAUCUUGUAUACAACGCCGGCAAGAUGUCAAUUUUAGACAAGCUCUUGGCACGUAUGCAGAAACAGGGAAGCCGCGUUCUUAUUUUCUCCCAGAUGAGUCGUGUGCUUGAUAUCUUGGAAGAUUACUGUGUUUUCAGAGAGUACAAUUAUUGCCGUAUCGAUGGUACGACAGCUCAUGAGGAUCGAAUCGCUGCAAUUGACGAGUACAACAAGCCAGGAUCGGACAAGUUUGUCUUCUUGCUUACCACUAGGGCAGGAGGUCUCGGUAUUAACUUGACGACUGCGGAUAUCGUUGUCCUCUACGACAGUGAUUGGAACCCCCAGGCUGAUCUACAGGCCAUGGACCGUGCCCAUCGUAUUGGUCAGACGAAGCAAGUGGUUGUAUUCAGAUUUGUCACAGAGAAUGCGAUUGAAGAGAAGGUCCUGGAACGUGCAGCCCAGAAGCUGCGGUUAGACCAGCUUGUUAUCCAACAAGGCCGUGCUCAGCAACAGACCAAGAACGCCGCAUCGAAGGAGGAACUGCUUGGCAUGAUCCAGCACGGAGCUGCGAACGUUUUCAGCAAUGACAAUUCGACUGCACCUUUUAAUGCCGACAAACAAAUUUCUGAUGAUGAUAUCGAUGCGAUUUUACGCAAGGGUGAGGAGCGAACUGCAGAACUGAGCAAAAAAUAUGAGAAACUUGGUAUCGAUGAUUUGCAAAAGUUUAGCUCUGAAAGUGCAUACGAAUGGAACGGAAAGGAUUUCACAGAUCGCAAGAAGGACAUCGGCCUCAAUUGGAUCAACCCGGCCAAACGCGAACGGAAAGAGCAGUUCUACUCUAUUGACAAAUACUAUCGCCAAGCGCUAGCUACUGGUGGAAGAACCGCUGACCCCAAACCGAAGGUCCCGCGGGCACCUAAGCAAAUUGCUGUUCACGAUUGGCAGUUCUUCCCUCCGGGACUCCAAGAACUCCAGGAGAAAGAAACCGCCUACUUCCACAAAGAGAUCGGCUAUAAAGUUCCGCUACCUGAUGGGCCUGAAGAGGAACUUAGUGAGCGUGAAGCCGAGCGCGAUUUGGAGCAGCAGGAAAUUGACAAUGCGGUGCCAUUGACGGAAGAAGAGCAGACGCAGAAGGCUGAAAUGUCAGAGGAAGGCUUUUCAACCUGGAAUCGCCGUGAUUUCCAGCAGUUUGUUAAUGGCUCGGCCAAGUUCGGACGCACUGAUUAUGUUGGGAUCGCCACAGAAGUGGAUAGCAAAGAACCAGAUGAAGUUGAAGAAUACGCCAAAGUGUUUUGGAAGCGGUACACCGAGAUCCAAGACUACCCUAAAUAUCUCCGUGUUGUUGAGCAGGGAGAGGAGAAGCUGCGCAAGAUGAACCAUCAUCGUAAAAUGCUUCGCAAGAAGAUGGAGAUGUACCGCGUUCCUCUUCAGCAACUCAAGAUUAACUACACGGUGUCUACCACUAAUAAGAAGGUGUAUACCGAAGAAGAGGAUCGGUUUUUACUAGUGAUGCUCGAUAAGUACGGAGUGGAUGGUGAGGGACUGUAUGAGAAAAUCCGGGAUGAAAUUCGCGAGUCCCCACUCUUCCGGUUCGACUGGUUCUUCCUUAGCCGAACGCCCGUGGAAAUUGGACGCCGUUGUACUACAUUAUUGAAUACUGUUGCAAAGGAGUUUGAAGUUGCGGAUGAGAAAGCCAACGGCGAGUCUGGCAAGGGUCGUGGACGUGAUCGAGACGAUGAGGAUGCUGAAAAUGACGAUGAUGGAGCACCGGCUAAAAAGAAGAACAAGGGCGGCGCAGUGAACAAGCAGGUCAAGGCUGUUAAAGGCAACAGCAAAGCCAAUUCUACGUCGACGUCGCGGGCAGCUAGUGUCUCGUCUAACACGGCACCAAAGGCAAAAAGUCGGAAGAAGUAGUUCUUACCGUGCUCAAUAGUUGUUAAACAGCUAAAUAUUGUUACGACCGUUCUGCAGUGUUUGGGAAGGUAAUUGGCCAUGCGAGGGGUUUGGUUCUUUUUCAAUAUAAGUCGGUCUGGCGUUGGCUCAUAGAUGCCAUUGUUGAUGAUGUCGCUUCACGGUUCUUG